UGUUAAUACAUUGGGUCCACAUGAAGGCCCAGUCAGUAUAGUUGCAGUUAGUUCAACACUGGGGGAUAUAGCAGUUUUAUGCAAAGCAAAGAAAGAAGAAGAUGAGAGUUCUCAAGCAUGUUGUGUUCUUAAUUUGUGGACCAUUAAUGGUAGACUUGUCAAGACUAUGAGAAGCGCUACACAGAUCCUCUCUCUUUGCUACACUUCAGCACCUGAAGGAGUCCAUGUUAAUGUCAUCAUUGGAGGGCUAGCCAAUGGAAAAAUAAUGUUCUGGAGCUCUUGGGAUUUAUCAGAGGUUUGUGAGCUGUCUUGUCCUACUGAGGAGUGUAACCCAGUAUUGAGUUUGGCAGUCAGUUCUUGUUCCACUAAACUCUAUGCUGGUUAUAGCAAUCAGCAAGUGGUUACAUGGGUCAAGCCAGAGACUGGAGAUGAAGAGACUGGUGAUUACGUUCUGGUACCACCUCCAAACACUUUGCAUCACUCACCUCAGCUGUCAGACAAGGCAGCUCAGUCAACCACUUCCGUAUUAAAAUACUUUUAAUUGUUUUUGAGUGGAUCUUAAAUUCUAUGUCUUUUCACCAAAAAUAAAUUAUUAUUAUUGUUAUUAAUUUUUUCCCUCUUCUUUACUGUAUUAUGACACAGGUUUUAAUUUG